AGAGUAAGAAGCGCUUCGCAGGCUGCCGUCAUGGGCAGGUGAACAGAGCGCCGCGUACGUACGUAGCUUGCGGGGCAGGAGCGGCGCUGCAUUGAGUCGAGCGUAUACUUCGGCCAUCGCAUCGUACGAGUUGCGGAGGUGUGCGUCUGCGCUCGACAUCUGUUCCGAUCUCGACGUUGUCUCCCCUUCUCGUCUAUCCUCCUCCUCUUCCUCCUCUCUGUUCUACCUAUCACCACCAACCCUCUGCAUCAAGAUGUCAAACAUAGCUGGGUCAUACCAAGCAGCGGACGCCUCCAACCUCGAAGCAGGCGCAGGCCACCACGAUGUCAAUCAUGGCGCUCACGCUGCCCUCCCCGGCAACCUGAACGGCAAUGGCAACUCCACGCUCAACGGGCAAGACAAGGAGUAUCACAAGUACAACGCUUCCCAGAACGGUAAUGGGCAGUACAAGGGUGGUGCCGGUCUGCACCAAGCCGUCACGCCUGGCGGGCAUGCGAUCAAUGAUGAGCUCCUCGCUAUCGGGACCGCCCCGAGGCGUAUUGCCAAUCCGCUGCCCCUUGGUGUGAUGGCUUUCGCCACGACAACACUGCUGCUGAGUCUCUACAAUGUGGGCGUCAGGGGCAUUACGGUACCAAAUCAGAUUGUGACUUACGCGCUAGCAUACGGCGGUGGUACUCAAUACCUCGCUGGCCUCUGGGAGUUUGCGAGUGGUAACACCUUUGGUGCCACGGUCUUUGUCGCCUUCGGAUGCUUUUGGUGGGGCUUCUCUAUGAUAUUCAUCCCCUUCUUCGGCGAGAUGGGCAUGUACGACGGUGUCCCUGGCGUCUACUCGAUGACAGGCGUGGCAGCCAGCGAGGCAGAGAGUGCUAUUGGCCUCUACCUCUGGAUCUGGUUCGGCAUCACUACCGUCUUGCUGUUUGGCAGUGCUAGGUCUUCGAUCACACUGAUCUCGCUGCUCUUCUUCCUCGACCUAACCUUUGCGAUGUUGGGGGCUUACUACUACACCGGACACAAGCCCUUUGAGACGGCUGGCGGAGCUCUGGGUAUCAUUACGGGCUUCAACGCCUUCUAUCUCGCGGCGGGCUCGCUGUUGUCGAGGCACACUUCGUACGUUACUCUGCCACUCGGCUCGGUGGCUGUCAAGGACUAAAGGAGAGCGAGGCAGGGCCGAGGAGGAAUGCGUGGACGAGUCGAGCUGCAGAGCGCUCGCCCAU